AUGGCCACCACACCAGAGGAAUUCUUCGUCAAGGGUCUUAUGGAGCAGUCACAACCACCCCUUCUCGAGAAGUCCAGUGGCAUGAGUGAGGGCUGUCAACAGCAUGUCGUCCCUAAUGACAUGAUGCUCCCUUACAUCUCUCACAUGCUCUUGGAGGAUGACAUUGAUGAUAAUGAGCUCAAUGAUCACCCUGCUCUACUCCAGGUGCAGCAACCCUUUGCUCAAAUUAUCUCCUCCUCUUCCUAUGGUGCUAACACCAGUAACACAGACAGUGCCAAAGAUUUAUUGCAAGAUGGCAGGGAUGAUGAUAGCACACUCAACCUCAACUCAGCCUUAUCCAAGGGUACCGACGCAAUUCGGGCGUUCCUAAAAGGCAUGGAAGAGGCAAACAUGCUCUUGCCCAAAGACAACAAGCAGUUUAGAGGGGGUGUGCAGGUGAAUCAGAUGGUCCAGAAAAGCAGCAAUCAUAGUGGGGAUAAGAAGAGGUAUAAUAGGGAUAACCAUACGGAGGAAGAAAUAAGGACCGGCAAAGCUGCAAAGAUGAUCAAGGAUCCAGAGGAGAAUUGUGCCAAUGAGAUGCUUGAUGAAAUGAUGUUGCAUGCCUAUGAUACAUGCAUCAAGGGCAUGGGGAAGCUGCAUGUCUCCAUGGACACCAAGGUGGAUAAGGGAAACAGGAAGAAAUAUAACAAGGCGGCGAAGAACAAUAUGGUGGACAUACGCACAUUGCUAAUAUCUUGUGCGCAGGCCGUGGCAACAAACAACCACAUGAGGGCACGGGAGUUGCUAAUGGAAAUCAAGCAACAUGCAUCGGCAACAGGGGAUGCCACACAACGGGUAGCUCUGUGUUUCACCAAGGGGCUAGAGGCACGGCUAGUGGGUGCAGGUAGCCUGCUUUGGGAGGAUGUUCGCAUCGAAGACUUGAACACCAACACAGAUGAGGUGCUUGUCGUGAAUGACCUCUUCAGUUUUAGCACCUUGAUGGACGAGAGUGUAUUCUUUGACAGACAAAGCCCUAGGGAUACCUUCCUCAGUAACAUCAAGAAGAUGAGGCCCGACGUGUUCAUCCAGAGCAUUUUGAAUUGUUCAUGUGGUUCCUCAUUCGUGGCACGGUUUCGAGAGGUGAUGUCCUACUACACGGCACUAUUUGACAUACUGGAUGCAACCAUGCCAAGGGAGAGCAAAUCUCGAGUGGUGCUGGAGCAGUUCGUGCUUGGUCGUCCUGCACUUAACAUCAUCGCCUGUGAGGGACUAGACUUGGCGCAACGCCCUGAAAAGUAUAGGCAAUGGCAGGUGAGAAACCAACGGGCAGGGCUGAGGCUGCUGCCAUUGAAAUCAAGAAUUGUAGAGGUCGUAAAAGAUGCAGUCCAGAAGCACCACCACAAGAACUUUUUGAUAUGUGAGGAUGGCCAUUGGCUUCUACAAGGGUGGAAGGGGCGCAUCCUAUUUGCGCACUCGUGUUGGUGGGUAGCCCAAGACACCUCUCAAUGA